GUCGUCAUAGUCAUCGGCUUUGUACCAAUUAUAUUAUAAUUAUUAUUUUUGUUUCUUUUUAGUUAUAUAGGUAUUUUUGGUUUUAAUUAGUUAAUAAGUGAAUCUAAAUAAUAGCUGAGACAUGAUUUCAGUAAACAAAUUAGUGUCCAACAGUGCCUUGUUGAAGAAUUUCUCUCAGAAAAGAAACUUUGCCAGCAAGUCGAAAAACAUUAAAGAUGUUAAUUACCAAUACCUGCAGAGGAGCAAAGUACCCACAAUGCAUUUCCAGAAGUCUUUACCACGGCUGCCUAUACCGGAACUGCUCAAAUCCGGGGAGCGAUAUUUAAAUGCACUGCGACCUCUUUUAACUGCUAGCCAAUAUGAGGAAGCUCAGCGUAGAACUAACGACUUCAUAGCUAAAGAGGGUAAAGUCCUACAAGAAAAAUUAGUUGCUAAGGAUAAGGCUAACAAGCAUACUAGCUACAUAUCUGAUUACUGGUUUGAUUUAUAUUUGCGUGAUCGUGUACCUUUGCCUAUCAACUAUAACCCAUUGGUAGUUUUUCAAAAUGACGUGAGGCCAGAGUAUAACGACCAGCUGAUCCGAGCCACGAAUUUGUUGAUCAGUGCGUCAAGGUUUAUGCUGUCAUUAAGAGAACAGAUCUUGGAACCUGAAGUAUACCAUUUGAACCCAAAAAAAAGUAAUACUCCACUGUUUAGAACGGUUACUGGUCUACUCCCUGAAGCUAUAUCCUGGUAUGGAGCAUACUUAUUCAAAGCAUUCCCCCUAGACAUGAGCCAGUUUGUUGGUCUAUUCGGAGCCACCCGCAUCCCUCUACUUACUAAAGACAAGAUCUACAGAGAUUCAAACAGCAAACACAUCCUUGUGCAAAAAAAUGGCAACUUUUAUAUUUUUGAUGUCCUAGAUGCUGAUGGCAACCUUCUGUCUCCAACAGAAAUACUAGGGAACUUGAAUAAGAUUAUGAAUGACUCUGCACCAAAAGCUGAGUAUCCAUUAGGAAUAUUGACUUCACAGAAUAGAGAUGAAUGGGCACAACAGCGAGCCCAUUUGGAGGAGACGGGCAAUAGGCAGGCUCUGCAGAAGAUAGACUCGGCUAUAUUCAACCUGGUACUUGAUGAGGAAGCUAUUCAUGAAGACAAACACAAGAUUCUCAAACACUAUCUUCAUGGCGAUGGCUUGAACAGAUGGUUUGACAAAUCAUUCAGUUUGAUUGUAACACGCGACGGCGUCUCCGGGAUAAACUUCGAGCACUCCUGGGGCGACGGCGUGGCUGUGCUCCGAUUCUUCCAGGACAUAUAUGCUGAAACCACUAAAAAACCCUUCAUUCAUCCUGAUAGCAAACCGGCUGAUAGUAAUAUCAGUGUCGACAGAUUGGAGUUUAAACUGGAUGAUAAAUCGAAACAAUUUGUUGAUAAAGCGAAGAAAGAGUAUAAGGAUUGGUAUGAAUCUCUGAGCAUUGACUAUAUUCUGUAUGAAGGACUUACUAAAGAGGCGUGCAAGAAGUUUAAAGUUAGCCCAGACUGCAUCAUGCAGCUUGGUUUCCAGGCUGCAUACCAUUUGCUCCAUGGAAAUUAUGUUGGGACCUACGAAUCCUGCAGCACCUCGGCAUUUAAACAUGGCCGUACGGAAACUAUGAGACCUUGUACCGAUAGAACAAAGGCUUUCUGUGACGGACUUCACAACCACAAAGCAUCAAAAGAUGAACUUCGAGCCAUCAUGCAGGAGUGUUCUACAUACCACUCCGAACUUGUGAAGGAAGCCGCGAUGGGUCAAGGGUUCGACCGCCACUUAUUCGCCCUGAUGAAAAUGGCCGAAGACAAUAACCUGCCUAGGCCUGAAAUUUUCGACUCACAUGAAUAUAAGUUUUUAAAUAAAUCUAUUUUGAGUACGAGUACGCUGUCUUCGCCAAGCGUGCUGGCUGGUGGCUUCGGACCCGUCGUUAAAGAAGGGUUUGGAAUUGGAUAUUCGGCAUUUGCUGAUAAGUUGGGUGCUGCGGUGUCUGCCUACAAGUCGCACAAUGACAGUUCGCAAUUUAUAGAAGCUCUUCACAAAUCAUUCAUCGACAUCACUAAAGUAUUGUCUGGGUGAUCAUUAAUUACAUAAACUAGGUAAAUUCUUAAAAAAAAUGUCACGUGUUUUGUGCGAUACUUAAAAAGCUUAAUAGUAUGUAUAUUCAAGUAAGUUACGUAUAUUACACACAACUUAUACUGGAGUGGGUAACCGAAAAUUGUGAGAACAUUGUAAAAGAAUUUAUCUUUAGUAAUUAGUUCUGGUUUUUAAUUCGGUUGUAAUUUCAUUAGUAGAUAAUAAGUGCAUCUUACAAAUGUACCAUAUUUUAGUCUUACAGUAGCUUCAACGUCCAACAUCUAUGUCGAACUUUCUAGAGCAUGCUCCUAUUUAACAACAAAGGCGAUAUGGUUUUAUUGAUACAAAACGAGCAUAAUACAGUCGAGCUCCAUUUCCCAACAAAAGGGAACUAUCUCGCGGAGAAUAUAAUAGAUCGUUGCUAUACCUACACUUUAUGCGCUGUGAAUAUAUCCACAUGUCGUUUGUAGGUUUAAAGUUUAAACACUUAACAGAUCAUAAGAAAUGCUUAAUGACUAAUUUUGGAAAAUCUAGUGCCUUAAAACAUUAUUUAUGAUAUGAUAAACUAGAAACUAAAGUUUCUGCAUUUAUACACUUACGGCCUUACAAAUAAAAGAGAUAGGAGGUAGGUAUAUAUUUUUCAUAAAAAUAUUUAUUGUUUACUUUUUUAAGAGAAACCAAUAUUAUGUUUGAAAGUUUUCUAGUUUUAUAAACAUUUAAGUGCAGUAAUUGUAUACAAAUUUAAACCUAUUUGAAGCAAAGCUAUAUAUACUUAUCUAAAAUGUUUAAUAAAAUAUUACUGUUAUCAGA